AUGGACCAGCCUCAGCAUGAAUCUAUGACAGAAAGCCUUCCGUCAGGGUACUCAGUUGCCGCCGAUGUAGAUGGCAAAGAAGGUGAAGGGGGCAGGCUGUUUGCCUGUCCUGAGAUUGGAUGCGAUGGCUUCACAUUCGAUACUAUUUACGAAUGUCAAGUUCAUGUCAAGGACUGGCACAGCCCGCCAUACUCCUGCUCAGAGUGUGACGCAAGUUUUGCCGCAAUGCCGGCGCUCAAGAGGCACUUUGGAAAUACUGGCCAUUACAAUUGGAUCUGCCAAGAAGCUCAAUGUGAAAUGAAAGGCAUCUUGUUCACCAAUCGAUCCGAGUUUGUCGCCCACGCCUUGCGCAUCAGCGGUCAUGAGCGACUAUUUCCAACAGAGGAGCUUAACAGCCCUCUUCUCGCCAGAAAGAUUAACUACGCUGAGGUCAUAAACAUUCUCUGCGAAGAUACCGCUUCUGAGCCUUCAGACGAAGAGGUCUAUCAGUGUCUCGAACCGUCAUGCCGUAGAUACCAGCAAGCUUUUUACUCCGACAGCGAAUUCGGCAGACACCAAGGGUCGCACGCGCACGUAAACGCCAUCAAACAUUCUGAAGAUCUUCGGAAGUCCGGAAAGUCUGCGGAGGACAUUACGGCAGAACAAGAGGCAGCCAGAGAGUUUCGGUGUACCGCCGAGGGCUGUCCGUUUUUCGGCGAAAAGCUAAAGACGAGCCAAAGCUUUUACCGGCACAUCACCACGACGAAGCACGUGUAUCCGUUGCUCAACUCAGCGUCUAAUCCAACGUCACCGACAGCGGAUAUUCGACAGCGGUUUGACCGGCUUAACCUUGCAUGCGGCGAACCCGAGUGUCCCAAGUAUGAGCACCAUUUCGCAAACUAUGUGAACUUGACGAAGCAUAACCAGUCGAUUCAACACAUGAAGGCUGUCUCGUACGGCCUAAUGAAGAGAAACGCAGUCCCUUCUGAUCAUGCACAAGGAGCUACCCAGAAAUCGGAAGAACCACAAUUUGCGGCCACGCUGGCCAUCCCUUCGACGCCAGUGAGAUGGAGUUCUUAUUCCUUUGCGCCGAUGACUCCUGAUACGGAUACGACUACACGCAUUGCCGAAUUCCGGGAGAAGGUUACUCCUACUAAACGUUCAAUUCGAAAUAUUUCUCCGUUGACGCCGCCACCGCCAUCUUCAUCACUAUCGUCAUGGAGGGAGGAAAGCUUGAUGAAGAAGAACGAAGAGCUAGAAAUUGAAGUUCAGCAGCUCAAGGACAGAAUCGAACGACUGAGAUCCGCCUACAAGGAGCAGAUAAGCUCCCUGUUCCAAGCCUUAGGGGCAGAGCAAGCUCGGAAAACGCCCUAA